GACAACUAUCACAUGGUGCAAGAGGCCAUUAAAAAAAGAGGCUGAACUUUAUCCCAGUGUGAGCGUGCUGGUGUUUAUAAGGAAGUGAGUCCUCCGCCCUCACUCACUGGUGUGAAAGCUUUGUGAGGAACAAACAUGAAAGUUUUUGUUGCGUUUGCUUGCUUCCUGGCGACGUCCCUAGCUCAAACGCCUCGCCCAUGCACAAGCCCUGCUCUUUUGAGUGGCCGUAUGAUGGUGUCCACACAGAAUGAAAAGUUGUGGGCUUCCAUUCGCUACCUGUACGACGCUGUGGGACAAAGGUUCCGGCUCCAUGAGAUGGGGUAUUACCAGAAUCACUCCUUCACCUAUGAUGGUCUUCUUCUCUUCAGAGAGGCAGCCAUGUAUGAGAUCAACAAUCAUGACCACACAUGCAAAAAGAGGCCCCUGAAAGUGGACUUCCAUCCGAUGGCGAUCCCGAGCAACGCCACUCUUUUGGGCCAGGCUGUUGUGGGAAGUUCUUCAGGCCCGGGUCAAGGGCUACUUGUCAACACGUGGAUGGGCAUCAUUCCUAAGACUGGAGGACGGUACCUGACCACAGUCACAGAAUUUGGAUGCAUCCCUAUCUCCGUGUCCUACCAAACUCAGCCUUUUGGCUGGAUGGUGACAAGUUUCUUCAACAACAUCAUUGGCAUUUCGGACCCAAGUCAGCUCAACCCACCAGCCUUCUGCCAGGACGCGUCACACGAGGAGCCAGUCGACUUCUUCAGCUUAUUCCAGUAGAAAUAAGCGCAUGUUUUCAACCUAAAUCCACUACAAUAAGUCAAUUACUAUUCGACGAACAAUGGAUAAUCAUCAUCUUGUGGUAAAAAACUUUGUUGGUUGGGAAAUUACCAAAUUUCAUAGGUCAAAUCAACAUCACAACCUGACAUUGAAUAAACGUUGUCAAAACGUAUGUUGUUUCAUUGUUAUGUUUGAGUUGCUCAACGUCAGGACCUAAUUCAACAAGUUCUCAACCUUGUUUUAUUGUCUUGUCCCUGCUGGGGGCUGGCAAUAAGUCACACUUCAGUCAUGCUGAGAUCUUUGUUCACAUUAGCUAAAAGGCUUUAGUACAAUGUUGUUGU